AUGGAGGAAACAACUGCCAUAAUGAGGAGCCUAUGGAUCAGAAGAAAAGCUUUUAUUUUCGAAAAGAAUCUCACUAGUCCAAGUUGUGUCAUCAGAUCAGCAAAGAAUGCCUUGAAUGAGUUUCAUCAAGUACAGGUUUUGUUAGAGGAACAGAAGGGGAAUAGAAGUGCAGUGGGAGGGGAGAAAAGAUGGCUGCUACCAGAACAAAAUAUGAUAAAGGCUAACUGGGAUGCUGCUUUGGAUGUUAAAGCAAGAAAGAUGGGAGCUGGUGUUAUAAUCAGAAAUGAGAAGGCAGAGGUCAUGGCAACUUGUAAUAUACAAAAACGAAAUGUGGUAGAACUAGCUCUAGCAAAGUGUUAUGCUUUGAGAAAAGCAAUGGAACUUUGUAAGGAUCUAAAUUUUGACAAAGUAACUUUUGAGGGUGAUGCACAGGUUGUUAUAAACGUUGUGAAUGAUCCAAUUGAAGACCCGCCUUUCAAUGGAAGUAGUAUUCAAGAGAUGAAGAUGGUGCUUAAAGGUUGGCAAGGAUGGAAAGUCCAAUAUUCACAUAGAGAUACUAAUGUAGUAGCUCACAAGCUACAAAAAGCUGCUCUACAUUUUGAAGAGGAGAAAGUGUGGAUAGAAGAAGCUCCAAUAUUUGUUUUAAAUAGUUUACAGAUUGAUAAACAUUGUAUUGAUCAACCAAUCUAUAUGAAUGAAUGA